GUAUGCCUCUCAAUGCUCAGGUGUAGAGCACCUUCUUUACUUCCCAUGAGGAUGAUAUCAUCAUCGUCGUCUUCGUCGUCGUUGUUUUCCAUAAACCCUAACCCUAAAUUGAACUACCCCCUGAAGCCCCCCUCUCGAAAACCCAAACUCUCUCGUUCUUCUCCAUUUACCGGCUCUGUUAGCUGUUCUCUCUCCGGCUACCGGAACCAUCUGCGAAGCAUGACCCUUACUUCCAGAAGCCUAUGUGGACACACUAACCCCAUUCCCGUUUCGACCGUGGCCGGAACGAGAAAUCCAGAGCUUGAAUUGGUUGGGUCCGAUUCAGAGUCUCUUGUGGUGAUCUCCUUCUACAAGUUCGCUGAUUUUCCUGACCAUGCCCAUUUACGACAACCCUUGAAAGAACUCUGCGAGGAAUUGCGUGUUUCAGGAGGUAUCAUUCUUGCAUCAGAAGGAAUCAAUGGCAGCAUAUGUGGGACUCGGGAAUCAGUGGAAAGAGUUCUUGGGUUCAUUCAAGGCGACGAUCGGUUAAAGGGGUUACGACGAAUAGAAUCUCCUGUGAGUCCCGAGGAAGAAGCUAUCCAUCAUGGGCACACUAGCAGUUCUCCUCUUGCAGCUGGGGAAGAUGCACCUUUUCGAUGGGAUCAUGUCAGAGUGAAGUUGAAGAAAGAGAUUGUUUCUCUUGGAAUGCCUACUGUAUCACCUAUUGAAAAGGUUGGGAAGUACGUGAGCCCAAGGGAGUGGAAUGAAUUGAUUAGCGAUCCAGAUACUGUUGUGAUUGAUGUGCGCAACCACUACGAAACUAGAAUUGGGAAGUUCAAAGGAGCAGUUGAUCCAUGUACAACAGCGUUUCGUAAGUUCCCAUCAUGGGUAGAGGAUGAGUUCAAACUUUCCGAACCGGAUAAUGAGCAUUCAGAGAUUGAGAACGCGAGUUCAAAUGAAAGAACUUCAAAUCAAGUGGGAAGUCCAAGAAAGAAAAUGCCUCCACGGGUUGCCAUGUACUGCACAGGAGGAAUUCGAUGUGAAAAAGCAUCAAGUUUUCUCCUCAGUAAAGGUUUCAAAGAGGUUUAUCAUCUUGAAGGUGGAAUUCUUAAGUAUCUUGAAGACAUUCCCGAGACAGAGAGCCUGUGGGAAGGAGAAUGUUUUGUAUUUGACAAGCGGGUCUCAGUGGAGCAUGGUUUAAUACCAGGAACUUAUAAGCUGUGCUAUGGGUGCAAACAACCAGUGAGUGACGCCGACAUGGAAUCCCCUCUAUGGGAGCUCGGAGUUUCUUGUCCUCACUGUUACUCAUCAAAAUCUGAAGAAGAGAAGGAGAGGGCAAGAGCCCGCCAAAGGCAAUUUGAGACAUGGGGAAUAAUUGGUGGUCCACACAAGGGCCGCCGGCCAAUAACUGAUUCGGAGGGUGUUAAGAGUCCUACUCGGCUCUCAAGUUCAGCCUGAAAUAGUCACGUUAACAAAGGAUAAUGCAGUUGAAUAGGAGCUUUUGUUUUCAGUCAAGUGGGUUGGAUCAAUGAACAGUGUUCGACCUUUCCUUUAAUUAGUAUGUAUUGUUGGGAUCUGUUAAUGGCAUGUAAAACAAAUCCUCAAAGGGUCAUUAUACUCUCUUUGGGACAUUUUUGUGAUGAGAUUUUGCUGUAUUGCCGAAAUUUGAGCGCUUUUGAAGUAAAAAUAUGUCUAUUGCAAAGUUA